AUGUCGGACGCACAUUUUUUCAAAGGCACCUCAACUGAUCAGGACACCAGGUUUGCUGACAAAAAGAAGAAACUCAUGAAGACCAUGAAGUUUGCUGAUAACUUGGAUAAGAAGGUUGACAUGACAAAAGUUAAUUUGGACACAUUGAAACCAUGGAUAACGAACAAAAUAACUCAACUGCUGACCAUCGAGGACGAUGUCGUCACUGAAUUUGUUUUCAACCAAUUAGAAGAAAGGAAACAACCGAAUGGCAAGGACAUGCAGAUCAACCUGACGGGUUUCCUGAAUGCCAAGAACGCUCGCCUCUUCAUGGAGGAGCUGUGGCAACUGCUGUUGAGUGCAAUGGAAACCAGUGGUGGCAUUCCAGCACCAUUCCUUGAGAGCAAGAAAGAGGAAAUUCGAAAAAGACAGGUGACUUAUAUGUGUGUCCAAGUGAAUGCAUGA